UGGGUGACUUAGACCUGAAAUGAUUGCCCGUAAAAAAGUAUAAAAAUGAACGCGUUCGGAGCCACAUUAUGAUAAGUGAAUUGUGUUUGUGAAAAUAUAAGUAAAGUAAAUAAUGCCGCCGAAAACUAGUGGAAAGGCAGCCAAGAAGGCUGGCAAGGCUCAGAAGAAUAUCACCAAGACCGACAAGAAAAAGAAGCGCAAGAGGAAGGAGAGCUAUGCCAUCUACAUUUACAAGGUUCUCAAGCAGGUCCAUCCUGACACCGGCAUUUCAUCUAAGGCGAUGAGCAUCAUGAACAGCUUUGUAAAUGAUAUUUUCGAGCGCAUUGCUGCCGAGGCGUCUCGUCUGGCUCACUACAACAAGCGCUCGACCAUCACCAGUCGAGAAAUCCAAACGGCUGUUCGCCUGCUUCUGCCGGGAGAGUUGGCCAAGCAUGCUGUCAGUGAGGGAACCAAGGCUGUCACCAAGUACACCAGCUCCAAAUAAUUUCUUCCUACGAAUGCUGCGGACAAUAAUCCAAAACGGCCCUUUUCA